AAGUAGUAAAACUGGGUCAAGUUCAGUUAAGAAUUAUAUUGCGAAGGUAUUCUUAACUUUUGCUAUCAGGAUUAUUGUUCUAAUCUCCUCAUCAAUUUCUUCACUGAAAGCCUCUUGGCAAAAAGAGUGAAAGUUGAUUUUGAGGACAGAAUAAUCUUUAGAAUCUGAAUCAGGAAUGUGUUUGUCUUUAAGACUAGAAUCAACGGCCUCCAAAGAGUAGAUGGGAUGGGGGGGGGGUGAAUCCAUGAAGCUUUUUUUUACAUCUUUUGCUUUUCUGGACGCAUCUUAAGCAGAAACAAUAAAGUUGCACUCAAAUGACAUUUAUUCAUAACAUGCCUUCUGUUGAUAAACCAGCUUAAAUCAGAUCCUGCAUUCCUGAAAAUAAGGAUGAACAGAAAAGCAUCAUUUGUGAUAAUGCCUCAACGGUAAUCCCACAUUAGCCUAUAUUUCAAGGGUUAGAGAUCAAUUUCAUGUUGUGACUGCUCAGAUUUGUUUGAAAUGCCCUCGCCAACGUCACAAUCACAAUUAUCUCGACUUCAAUUUGCGGAAAAUUGCAGAAUUUUGUUCAGAAAUAGAUUUUAAAUGUUGAUUUAUUGUCAAUGACACCUGGUUCAUACUGUCUUUAACCCUUUAGAACCCAUAGGGUUAAAUUUGGCCACUCCUUUCUCCCUCUUUAUUUUUGAAUGUUUACUUUUCUUGGCCUCUAUUUACACUCCCACCCAUAAAAAACAAAAAAAAAAAAUCAUAGAAUAUUGUCAAAUUAAUUUUGGAUAUUUGGGAAAAUUGGGUAUUGGACAUAUCAGGAUUUUAUUGUAUCGUGAUAUGUUUAUGGUGAUACUUUUCAUAUCGUCAGACUCUUGCAUAGACACCCCUAAACAUAAAAAGCAUUUUAUUGAUCAGAUCCAGAUCAUUCAAGCUCAAACUGUUAAUCAUUUUUCAACAGAACAUUAGCCGGUAAUGCUAGACAAAAGUACUUUUUUUAUCCAUAAGAAAUAAAACCUGUGUGGUGUUUUUGUAGCACCAAGGUCAAGUGUGCACAAGCACACCAAAAACGUACACGCACAGUUUCAAAUGCAACUUUAGAGUAGUCCAGAUUUAAGACCUGUCGCUGGGGUGGAACAUAGUGAAAGGGAGUAUCCUGUGGGGCCCUUGGGGGCCAGAAAGGUACUAAGUAGCUCUCUCUGUGUGUGCAAGCAUGUGUAAGUGCAUUGCACAUGUCGGUGUAUGUGUAUGUGGCGGCAGAGAGUGACCUGAGAGGCCCAACCAGUUACAGCCUCUCUGCUGGAGACCACCACUUUCACAAAACAAGCAUUGUUGGUACAGAACUCUGCAGACAGCUGAGACAUGCAUUUGGACAAACACGCGCAAACACGCAAAAAUGCAGGCGCACAGCGCAGACAAAACCAACACGUUCAAAACCAACAGAGGUCAUGUGCUGCUUUCAAUAAAUAAAAGCAGGGAAAGAGUGUGCGGCACGGCCCAACAUUUUACAGCAAAGCACACACACAUAUCAGGAAACAGAUGAACACACUGCACAAAAAGUGGAGCUUUGUCCCAACAAUAGCCCUUGGGUGGUUGGCCUUUCUGUUAUUGUAGGUGUUUCUUUGCUAAUUAUGUGUGACUGAGAGCAUGUCAAAAGCAGUUACUGGAAAAAGUGUGGUCAGAUGAAGAUUAGAAGGUAGAAUUACUGUCAAAAACACACACAAGCAGUUUUUAAAGUUUCAGCAACUUUUUUUAUUUGACCAUUCGGAACAAAAAAGUUCUGUUAACUCCAAAACCCUGGACCAACAUCUUAGUGAGGGCAAAUCAUCACCAUCUCUUUGCUGUGCAGAUAUCCGUUGGCUUUUCAGGAGUGCAUGUCAGUGCCUCUCACUGCUCCAGUAACCCCCCCCCACCCACACAGCCAUCCAGCCAGCCAGCCAGCCUCUGGUGACUACAAGUGUGAGAGUAACAGCUCCAACUGUUGUCUUGACCAGCCCAUUUAACAUCCAGGUCUGAUAGAGAGGAGUGGAGGCUGCGCACUGAGCCAAACGCGCACAGACCGCGCACAGAGGCGCAACAGCUUGGAUUGUAUUUGAUUUGGAUUUGGUUCUUUUUUUUCUAAUUUGACAAUUUUUCUAAUUUGGAUUAAUUUCAGCACACCAAGAUGAUUUCCUCACACCUGUCUCUGCUGAUGCUGAACUGUUUCCUGGGCGCCGCGCUGGCUGCUGGGGACAGCAGUUUCCUCCAACUCUCCUCGGAUUCCCUGUCAAGCGACCAAGAGGAGGACGACGUGGUGUCCCAACACAUGUACACACUCUACGACAAAUACAACAAGGAGAGCCACCUUAAAGAGGGGAACACUGUUAGAAGUUUUAAAGCCAUCCGAGAGUCCGCCGACCACAGGAUGAUGUACCGACUCAACCUGUCAUCCCUUCAAGACUCAGAAGUCAUCCUGUCUGCCACAUUCCACUUCCUGCUCCAUAAGAAUCUGCAUCCAAAGCCCUGGUUCUGUAAACGACUCAAAAGCCCAUCCUGUCGCUUCACAGAGGCUCCGUCCAUCAACUUACUGUUCUCUUUGGAGUCCAAACUUGGGUCAGAGGGGUCAUUUUUGAGCAAUGUGACCUUUCACCCCCACAGGAGAGGGGUGUGGCAGAUGAAAGAUGUGACCCAGGUCAUAAAAGAGGCACGAAACAGAGGUAACCUCACGCUGUUGGUUGAACUGGACUUACGUCAGCAUAAGAAGCCAGAUCACAGUCUCUCGGCAGGAAGAGUGCCUUAUCUGUUACUGUAUGCUAAUGACAAAGCGUUAGCAGAGCCCAACAGUGUGGCAACAAGCCUUCAAAGGUUUGACCCGUUCAGCGAAGGCGGGGACCUCCUGCACAGAGCCAACUCCUCCCCGUUCUCUUCCCAAGGACGCCUCAGACGGGAAGUCAGUCUGCAUUCUGAGCCCAUCCAGAACAACGAGCUGCCUGAGGUCAACUACAGACCCGAUGGAUACAAGAAACAUGACCUGUGGAAAACCGACUGGUACCUUGCACUCAAACCCAAGCCCAAAUCUGAAAGAAAGGAAACAAAGAGAAAGAGCUAUGAGGACAGAGAGGUUCUCACAGAAGCAGAAAUAAAAAUAAUCAAAACAGACAAUUCCGCAGUGAAAAAAGUAAAAGACAGCACCACAGUUUCUAACAGUAGAAGACGAAAGAAUGAGCAAAGAAAUGAGAGAAAGAAGCCCAGAGGAAGUGCUAAAACGCAUUCGCCUGUUCUCACUUUUGAUGAGCAAACCAUGCGGAGGGCCAGGAGGCGGCAGUGGAGCGGCAGCCAGAACAGAGGCUGCUCCAGGAGGAACCUCAGAGUCGACUUUGCAGACAUUGGCUGGAGUGAGUGGGUCAUAGCCCCCAAAGCCUUUGAGGCUUACUACUGCGCUGGCACCUGUGGUUUUCCGCUGCCUCAGGUGACGAGGCCAUCCAACCAUGCCACCAUCCAAAGCAUAGUACGAGCCGUCGGCAUCAUCCCCGGGGUUCCCGAGCCCUGCUGCGUCCCAGAAAACAUGAGCCCUCUGGCUGUUCUCUUCCGUGAUGAAUCCAGCAACCUAGUGUUGAAGGUUUACCCCAACAUGUCCGUGCACUCCUGCUCCUGCAGAUAGGAGGUCAGCCAAAAGCAGAUGGGGACAAACCUGUGUGGAGACUAACAGAAACUGUUCAACGGUCACGUGCUUGGCAGCAUCCCUUCUGGAGCGUUCGACUGGAAAGACUUUCGCUUCUGUCCUCUGGAAGCAAACGGAAAAGGACAAACGGCUGGCGACCUUGCACAAAGGAGAAACAUGUGAAGUCAGCACUCCAUGAGUCUGAGGUUCAAAUUUAAUGCCGUUUUGAAGCAACUUUUACAGUCAUUCAAAGCUCAUAGUGAGCUUGUAUUCCUGUCCUCUGUGACUGUAGUAAAUAAGAGUAAAAAAAAUAAUGUUUGUGUUGUCAGACAGGAGCAUCCACACAACCUCAAAAAGGGAAGAUGUUUUUCCGGUUGUGUACUACAGCAUCAUCGAUGUUGCUCAAUCUUUAUGGAAAAACUAAAAUGUUUUUUUGAUUUUUUUUAUAUAAAGUUGAGAUUUCUGGAAAUGUACACAAACCUCUAAUAACCUCUCAAUGAUAAUUGUGAGAAUACUUUUGUAUUAUGAAUGUAAAAUGUGUUCUAAAGUAUUUUUCAUAGUCACUAGAUAUUGUAUUACUAUGUAGAUGAUGUUGUUUUGUACAUGAUUAAAUUAUGAAAGUUGAAAAUAAAAGGUAGACUAAUUUAAUCCA